GGGCGGCUGAUGGCCUGGUGCACCAGCCGAGAAGAUUUCCGCGUCUCGCCUGGUCGGAGGGAGUUCUGGGAGGCCCUAGUUAGGACAAGGUCAUGAGGGGGUCCUCGUCCUUGUCGGUGCGUCCCAGACAACUCCCUCCUUUGCAUCAGUUCUGCUACUGUCUGGAGCCGCGAACCUACAGAUGUACCUACCAUCUGCAUCCUCCUAUCCACCAUCUCGACAGUAGCCCUCCUGCAGCCGUCAGAAAACGUAAAGACGACUAGCAGCUAAUGUACACAACGUUCGCUUCCCGCCUAGUCGGUUCUUUUCCCCAUCGCUGAUUUGCUCCCCAGCGCUUCUGGCUCCCAUCUUACGUCCGUAAGGCUUUCUACCCUACCCUACCUACCUGUACCACGGUCCCACAACCAUCUCAACCCGUCAUGUCCAGCGCGUCCCUGCCAAGCUUGGACGGCACGCAAUGGCCUAGUCAACUGCCUGGCUUUGAACGCAAGACAGCUCAAGGUCAACCGCGCGUUCGCCGCCGCAAUCGGUUGAUCACUUCGUGUCUUGAAUGCCGAAGAAGAAAACUGAAGUGUGACAAAGCCCAACCAUGCACACACUGUACCAAGAACUCUCGGGCAUGCGUCUUCAUCGCCCAAGGCCUGGAUCCAGAUGCGCAAGCAAAGCUCGCAGAAGUCAAGGAGCAGAUGGGCAUGCUGGAGAGAAGUCUCGAAGAAGGCGUCGUUCGCAAGACAGACUCAAACAGCAGAGGCCCUUAUGAUUUCUCCAAACUGAGCGCACUCCCCGGUCAAAUUCACCAAAGUGACCAGGAAGAAGAUGAGGACACCAAGGACCUUCGUCCAACCGGUUUUGCUACCGAAGACGCUACCUAUUACGAAGACGAAGACGAUACCAACGACGACAUAGUCGAUCUUGGCUUCCGCAUGGGUAAGAUUCGAAUAACAGAGCGUAUUGGAGGUCUCGUGCGUCCAAAGUUCUCGGAUGAACUAGCCCAGCACAUAAAAGAAAUGCCCCUACGAGAAACCCCCUCUCAGCCAACUAUCGAGGAAGAUCCUACUUGGUUAGCGCCAAGUAAGGACUAUGUCGCCCCAUCUUCCAACUUCAUGCUGGCUUCCGGGCUUGAUAACGCAUCGCUUGUGUCCUAUCUGCCAGCACGAUUUAUUGUUGAUAAACUUAUCGCACAUUACUGGGUCGCUGUGCAUGUCGUUGCUCGAGUCGUCCAUCGCCCCUCAUUCGAGAGGCAAUAUCAAAACUUUUGGAUCAGAGUCAACAUGGGCAUGGAGCCUCGCUCUUCCUUUCAGGCGGUUCUCUUUGCAGCUAUGCUGAGUUCAGUUGUCUCUAUGAGUGAAGAGAAAGUGCAGGCUGAAUACCAGGUUGAUAAACCAACACUGGUGAAUAGCUUUCGUGAAGGAACAGAGGCAGCUCUCGCCAAAGCCAACUUCUUGCGCACUACCAAGCUGGAAACUAUUCAAGCUUUUGUCAUGUAUCUGAUCCCCUUGUGCCGUAAUGAAGUGUCCCGCGCCCACUCUGCGCUGACGGGAUCCUUGAUCCGCCUUGCCGAAUGCAUGGGGCUCCAUCGGGACCCUACCUCAUACAGUAGCUCGCCAAUCGAGAUUCAAGUCCGGCGCCUUGUAUGGUAUCAGAUCUGCUUCCUAGAUCUCCGUACUUGUGAAGCUGUGGGUCCCCGGCCGCAGAUCCGUCUAGACGAUUUUGACACGCGCUUCCCUCUUAACAUCGAUGAUGAUGACCUCGAUCGCGCUGAGCGCGGUGAGCCUGGCAUAGAUGUCAGCAAAGACUCGAUUCGUUUCACUGACAUGACCAUAAGUCGUAUGCGCUUCGAAGCAUACGAAAUGCAUCGUUAUCUCUGGAAUGAACGCCCAAAAUUAGACCAGAAGCGCACGGGCGGCAAGAACGACGUAACCAUCACAUCCAUCCUAUCACGCGUUCAGUCAUUCCUGGCAGCCAUGGAGAAGAAGUAUGUGCCGAUGCUCAGCAAGUCGAAUGCACUGCACGUCUUGGCUUCAGAGCUUCAUGGUAUUGUCUCGAAUCGAUUGUACGUUUCCAUAUUACAAAAGUACAUUUCUAGUGUUCGCAGUAGGAUGCCUGAGCGCUUGCGACAGCUUGUCAUGAGCGCUGCGACGCUGAUCCUGGAGCAUGGCAUGGCGAUUGAGCAGCAUCCCAUCUUGUCUCGAUGGUCAUGGAUUGUUGGUGCUCUCCACCAGCAUCAUUGCGCGCUUCUCCUUAUCAGUGAAGUGAACAUGUCUAAGCCUGACCCUAUCAUAGAGCAACGGAUCUGGAGAUGCCUAGAUUACUCGCUCGAUCUCCCUCCAGGGCUUUCCAACGAGGAAAAGACGAAAUCAGUAUUGUCAGAGCUUGUUGGCAAAACCAAGAAAUACUCUGAUAUGAAACGAGUUCGCGCCCCGAACAAUGCACAAAGUGUGCCAAAUGCGCCACCACAAUCUAGACAACAACCCCAAGAAGAUCAGGUAUACCGUCAGAAAGUUUCACCACCACCUGUGACCUGUGUUGGCCCUCCGCCACAUAGCAUGGAAGAGGGAUUACCCGCACAAUUACCUGUGCAACCAGCGCGUCCACCUACCCUACAACAUGGUUCUUCACUAGGCCCUAGAGUAAACAAUUUUCCCGGUGCCAUCCCAAGCGUGGAUUGGGGCACUAUCGAUCUUCCAGCGUCCGUCCCGGUUGCGCAGCCGCCAGUAUACAACGACUACGUCCCUAACCCUGUUGGCGCGUAUCCUCCCAGUAUGGAUCACUACAGUGGAGGCAAUAACAGCAGUCCGAACUCUGCAACAUACGGCACGACUCCUCAGUCGUCAAGCAGCAACCCCAUGGAUGCCAUCAAUGAAAUUGACUGGAACGAUGUUGAGAAGAUGUUUGGCAGUGCGCAAAUGGACUUCGAUCCCUCCGAGGUGAAGGUCAUUCACCUCCGUGCGACCGGUGGUGAAGUCGGUGCCUCAUCCGCGCUCGCUCCCAAGAUUGGUCCUCUCGGUCUCUCUCCCAAGAAGGUCGGUGAAGAUAUCGCCAAGGCCACUGGUGACUGGAAGGGUCUCCGUGUCACUGUCAAGUUGACCAUCCAAAACCGUCAAGCCGCCGUCUCCGUCGUUCCCUCCGCUUCUUCCCUCGUCAUCAAGGCCCUCAAGGAGCCUCCCCGAGACCGUAAGAAGGAGAAGAACAUCAAGCACACCAAGAGCGUUCCUCUUGAUGAGAUCAUCAGCAUUGCCCGUACCAUGCGCUUCAAGUCCAUGGCCAAGGACCUGAAGGGUACCACCCUUGAGAUCCUCGGAACUGCCUUCAGCACUGGCUGCAAGGUUGACGGCCGCAGCCCCAAGGAUGUCUCUGACGACAUCAGGGCCGGCGAGAUUGAGAUUCCUGAGGAGUAAAUGCUUGCACAAUGUGCUUGAGGAUUACGAUGAAUGACACAUGCCAUAGAGGGCGCUACAUAGCUGAAUGAGGAUCAUGUUUCCAACCUCGAGGUUACCGUUUCGGAACCGGGGGAGUUUGCACAGCUACGGCGUUUGGGAUAUUUGAUACCAUACUAUAAAAGUGACUCUGGCAUAGGGCAAUGAUACAAUGCGUCUUGCCACAUCUGAAUUGGUGUCUUCGUGCAGACCGUGAUGCUUGGUGGUUGGGCCAAGGCUUCAAUAAGUAGUGUGAUGCGCCAAUCGCCGGCACUCUGCAAUAGUUCAGCAUUGGCUGCCAUGUCGAUGCAUAUGCGAUUGACAUGGAGCAAUGGCCAGAGCGAUUGAUGAGGAGGUUUAUAGAUGUCCUUGUACUUAAUAUGUAGACAGUAAAGGAGUAGUCCGGGUUUUGCUGACAUGAAGGAUCCGAG